AUGAUCAAAGACAAAAAUGUGGUUGCACAACUUAUUAGAAGAGCUGAAAGGGCUGGCUUCAAGGCAAUUGCUCUCACUUUGCCGUCACAUUUGACAUUGAAGAACUUUGAGGGAUUAGAUCUUGGGAAGAUAGAUAAGACCAAUGACUCUGGACUAGCCAGACAUCUUGCCGAACAAGCUAACCAGUCUCUUAACUGGAAGGAUGUAAAGUGGCUUCAGACGAUCACCCAUUUACCAAUCCUAUUGAAAGGUGUUUUAACUGCUGACGAUGCAAGUCUAGCAGUACUAGCUGGAGCCGCAGGAAUAAUUGUGUCGAAUCAUGGAGCUCGACAACUUGAUUAUGUCCCUGCAACUGCUACCUUAUAA